AUGGCGCAACCCGGUCGUGCCAGUCUCGAAACCCCCCAGGAUGAGCCUAGACCGCUAGAGUCGCAUAAUCCGAGCGACAGCGACAAGACCCUCGCAGAGCGGGCGAUGGGAGGCCCAGCAUCGACAAUAGAACCUCCUCCGGCCAACCAUCCGACAUUGGAGAAAUUUACUUCGCUGACCCAUCGCGAUGCGCGAGAACGCCUUGAUGGGCCACCGGCUUUGCCGUUUAACAUGCGAGACCACAAAUUGUCUGUCUCCAUCUUUACGCUUCUGGUGAUCGCCGAGUGUACCAUUGUCCCCCUGGUUCUAUACUAUGGGUUGAAGUAUGGCACCACCAUGAGAUCUGGUAUUUACUUUGCCAUCAUUACCAGUCUUUUUGGCUUUGUUACCGGGUAUGAAUUCGGCAUCCGAGCGUGGCGCUUAAUUCGCGCGAGCGACGAGUACCGGCCAUUGUUUGGAAGUCCACGAUUCUGGGGAUUCGACAGUACUCACUAUGUGCUGACGAUUCCCUUUACCGUGAUGUUGGUCAUCAUGAUCAUCUUCAGUAUUCCCCACCAUCCUUCGGUGAGAGCUCUGUCGCUGCCAAUGCCUGUUGGUAUGAUCGUGACAGGCAUGAUGUUCGUGAUCAAUGGAUGGGCUGCGCAAAGACGUUGGAGGUUGAUGUACUUCAGGCUUAGUUCGCAUGUGAAGAACUCGAUCUGUCCUCCUCUCACGUUCUGCUUGUUGGAAGACAUCUGCGCGGUGGAUGGGAAAGGAGGAAAGAAAUUUCGAACCGCGGCUCUAGCCAGAUACCAGGCUUCGCCUCGCUUUCGAGCGCUGUUGCUGCAGUUGCUGUGGUUCUGGUCCAUCCCUGCGAUAGUGAUCGGUGUCGUACUGAUCAUUGUGAUUUACGUUACGAGUGAUGACGUGGCUUAUGGUGUUGGAUGGGGUAUGCCUACCAUCUGGGCUCUUGUAUGGACAUGGAUUACCGUCGAAUGGGUGAGGAGAGCAUUGCAAGUUGAAAAGGAAUGCUGGAAGCCAGAAACGUCGCAAACAGUGUAG